UUGCUACUGCUCAAUGCGUGUAGCGACCUCGCUCGCUUUGUACCGCUUUCUCUUCAACGUCGUCAGCGAUAUCGCCAUUAUGAUGACGUUUCACACACACAGGGUUCCUCCUUCGUCGAAUAUUUCCCUCUGACCAAACAAAAACAAGGCGUUUUCUCACUUUAUCCCACUUCUUAGAUCCAGGUUUCCAUCCAUCAGUCACAACCAGUGUUUUUUUACUUCCAACAUCCUCGGUUUGUUGCAUGAAUUGACCAUUGAUUUACCCAAGAUAUGAGUGAAAAUGAAGACAGCCUACAAUCAAGUACCCUGGCUGACAGUCCAGUUGCCCCCAUGAGAAUGGUUCCCAGAGUCAACUGGCCCCAUGUUGUUAACUUAGGAAACAGUAUCAUCGGGGUCAGCAUUUUGACAAUGCCCUUCUGUUUUCAGCAGUGUGGCAUCAUAUUAGGGACCCUACUGCUGCUGUUCUGCACGUGGUUGACCCUAAUCUCAUGCCAGUUACUCAUGAAGGCUGGGAUAACAUCCCGUAGGAAAUCCUUUGAGUUUCUAGCUUACCACAUCCUGGGAGGCGGUGGCAAGUUUGUGGUUGAGUUUCUGCUGAUCGGUCUGCAGCUUGGUACCAUGAUAGCUCAGAUUGUGGUCAUUGGUGAUCUUGGGCCGUCCAUCAUAUCCAAAUUCACCGGACUUGAGAACACCAGUAACUUAAGGUCCGGCCUCAUCAUCUGCCUCUGCCUCUUCGUUGGUCUGCCCCUUGGCCUCCUCAAGAACGUCCGGUCGCUGAGUCACACCAGUACCAUGUGCGUCUGCUUCUACACCAUCUUCGUCGUCUACAUGAUCCUACUGUCUUUACCAAACCUGUGGAAGAACGACUGGGUGGUACAGGUGAGGUAUUGGAGAUGGGAUGGUUUCUUCCAAUGUAUACCAAUCUUUUCACUGGCUUUUGGAUGUCAAACCCAGUUGUUCCUGCUCUAUGAUGAACUUCCAGAACCUUCCUUCAAUGUCAUCAAUAAAAUUGUGAGCAGUGCCGUAAAUAUCUGCUCCGUUGCCUACCUUCUGGUCGGCUUCUUUGGCUACAUAGCGUUCUGUAAUAUCGAGAUUACAGGUGACAUAAUCAACAUGCUGGUCCCGACUUUCUUCACGGACAUGGUGAAGCUGAGCUUUGUACUCUCCAUCGCUGUCACCUUCCCCCUCAUCAUAUUUCCCUGCCGUACCAGUCUUUAUACGAUGUUGUUCCCGAAGAGACCCAAGACCAGCGAUGGAUUUGAGAUGAGUCACCAGAUUCCCGAGUUACACUUCACACUUAUCACGUUGGCCAUUAUCGUCGUUUCCAUGGUGAUAGGUAUUUCCGUCCCCAACGUGGAGUUUAUCCUGGGCCUUAAUGGGGCCACCAUGGGGACCCUCAUCUGUUAUAUCAUGCCAGCUCUGUUCUUUUUGAGGGUCAUGUCUGCAGCAUCGGAGGGUAAAGGCCUAUCCAAAUUUGUCCUCGUGGUUGGUGUGUUGAUAUUGCUGACCAGUACAUAUACGACGCUCAACUCCCAGGACAAGAGCCACCAUGUGGAGCACCAACAGGAGAAACGCAUGAAGGACAACAUUGCCGCCAAAGAUGCCGUCCAGGACAUCUUGGAAGGAGCCAAGCAUGCCCCUGCCAAUGAUCAUGUCGCGGUCCUUGACAAACUGAACCACCAUGUUGGUGGGGUCGAAGCUCUUUUGGGGGAUGGCCACCUGGACCCUGCUAAAGACAAGAACAAAGACAAGGAGUCCCACAGACACGAACCCCCAGUUCCGAAACCCCCUGAUGAUAUACAGGACCAUGACGAAAGCGUUGAAAAUAUGAAGCCAGCUCACAACAACAAAGAUUCCGUUGCUGCUAACCCGAAGCCAACGGUUGGCUCUUUGAAGAAAGCGGACAAGAACUCGGCUGGCGCUGCGGCUGGCGUUGGCGACCAAGGUGGUGGUGGUGGUGGUGGUGGUGGUGGUGGAGGCAAGGAGUUAAGUAAGGAGAGUGAGAAGAAACAGGCGGAGUUGCUGCACAAAUUGGAGGAGCAACAGCAGGAGCAGAAGAAGAUUCUGGAAGAACAGAGAGAGCUCCUGAAGGAGUUGAAGAAACACAGAGAAGAAGAGCACAAGGAGAAACUUGGUGGUGUUGAUGAUGUCGCUAACCCAGCCCUUGACAGGAACUAUGCACAGCAGCAACAACAACAAGCUGCAAAGAAUAUUCUACAACAACAACCAAUUCAAAAUGUUGCACAACAGCAGCAAGCUGUGGCACAGAAUGUUGCACAACAGCAAGCUGCAGCGCAGAAUGUUGCACAACAGCAGCAAGCUGUGGCGCAGAAUGUUGCACAACAGCAAGCUGCAGCGCAGAAUGUUGCACAACAGCAAGCUGCACAGAAUAUUGCACAACAGCAACAAGCUGCACAAAAUGUUGCACAACAGCAACAAGCUGCACAGAAUGUUGCACAACAGCAGCAAGCUGCAGCACAGAAUGUUGCACAACAGCAGCAAGCUGCACAAAAUGUUGCACAACAGCAACAAGCUGCACAAAAUGUUGCACAACAGCAGCAAGCUGCAGCGCAGAAUGUUGCACAACAGCAGCAAGCUGCAGCGCAGAAUGUUGCACAGCAGCAAGCGGCACAGAACUUUGCACAGCAGCAAGCUGCAGCUCAAAAUGUGCAACAGCAACAAGCUGCACAGAAUGUUGCACAACAGCAGCAAGUUGCACAACAGCAACAAGCUGCACAGAAUGUUGCACAACAGCAGCAGCAGCAAGUUGCACAGAAUAUUGCACAACAGCAAGCUGCACAGAAUAUUGCACAGCAGCAGCAAGUUGCACAACAACAGCAACAACCUGUGCAGAACUUGGUACAACAACAGCAACAACAAGCACAAAAUGUGCAUCUGCAGCAUAUAGCAAAAAGUGUGAACCCUCAGCAACAGCCACAACAGAACAUCGUUUUACAACAACAACAACAGCAGCAAAAUCCAGUGCAGCAGCAACAACAACAUCAGCCGGUGCAAGGGGUUCGCAGCUUGUCCCAGAAUGAUGCGCAGAAGUUGCCAGUGCAAGCUGUGGAUCAAAUAGCCGCAAAGGCCGGACAUCAAAAUAAAGACGACCCUAUCAUUCACAUUGAGAAACUGGACAACGCCAAACAGAAGCUCCAAGCGGGCAUGAACAAUCUUGUCGAAGGGAAAUAGGGCAAUGGUGAUGGGGGUGGUGAUGGAGGUGGUGGUGGUGGUGUUUGUGAUGGUGGCGUUGGUGGGGAGCGAUGGUCACGGCCGCACUAGAAAGGUGUGGGGCUAAGACUGGUGCAGAAGGGGGGGGCGGGAUUGGGAGUGGGGGGGGGCGGUGCUCAGACGAGAUACCUUUCUUUGCACCAAACCAGAAUGAAAUAAAACCAAAAAAAAACAAAAUAAACAAAAGACAUAAAAAGGACCCUACACACUGGAGUAGGGGUGGUGGCAGCGUAGGAUGAUGAUGAGCAGG